UUAACAUCGAGAUGGCAGUUAUAACAUAGCUGCUGUUUUAUUUAGACAUCAUGAAUUUUCGAAUUUAUUUUACAGUUGUUGUAAUAGCGGCUGUCUGCUUUUUGGGAACUUCAAAUCAGGUGCAGGAGAGAACGAAAAAUUCAACACAUGAUUGGGCCAAGAGUCGACAAAAACGUUUUCUAAUUUUUCAAACUCAAGCCACCCACAAGUUUCUAAUCAGUCUGGCAUUGAAUAUUGACCUGCAUGACAAAACAGCAUGGAGAUCAUUAUCGGGUGCAUGGAAUUUCCAGUGGCAGCAUAUGCUGCCAUUGAAAGUAAUCCACUGGUGGAACAGCACCUAUUUUCCGGUAAAAUCUCGUUCGAUGUCAUCGGAAACAACAUCUCUGCCACUGUCACUGCCAGGUCCUGAGGAGCCCAAGGAUCUGACAGCAACUUUUCUCUAUGCCAUGAUUGAAAACUAUAUGAAUAAUAAAGGCAUGAAUGGCAGAGAGUGUCUGCAGAGGGCAAUUUGCGAGAAUGCCCAGGUACAUUUUGUUGGAGGAGUACUUGACCAUGUCUACAAGCGGCUGCUGACGCCCGAACGUUCCAUGGAGGGAUAUUAUAAGGACUCGUUUGUGAUGGGCUUGAAAGGUGCUGAUUGCUUGAAAACAUUCUAUGGCUGCCCCAAAGGGAAGAGUGUAUUCGAUCAUUUUGUUCGAGUGGAAGACGUAAAUGAUGUGGACUUGGAGUGAAAAUAAAAAUUAAAAAACAGAAUAACUAUGAAUAUUGAAGAUUGCAGAUUUUCUGCCGGAUAUUUCAGGAACGAACAACGAAAACCUGGGACAAUAGAUAGUUCAGUAGGUGC